AUGGCCAGCUCUCCUGCCCAGCUCCUAGCCCCGGAUCUCCUGCUGCCCCCAGGCCAAGCCCUGCUGCAGGAGUGGGGCAGGGCCCAGCCCAGCACGGAGGGGUACAGCAGCUGCUCCCCAACGCCCUCCACCGACUCCUGCGGCCUCUCGCCCCUCUACCCCCUCUGCCCAGCUCCCCAGGAGCCCUGCAGCAGCUGCCCUGCAGCCCCGAGCCUGGUGCUGACGCCAAGACGCAGGGCUGGCCCGUGCCCAGCCUACGGGAGCAGGAAGGGCAGCCGGGGAAGGGCAGGCGGCGGGCAGAGGCAGAGCGCCAGCGAGCGGGAGAAGCUGCGCAUGAGGAACCUGUCCAAGGCUCUCCACACCCUGCGACGCUACCUGCCCCCCUCGGUGGCACCGGCCGGCCAGAGCCUGACCAAGAUCGAGACCCUGCGCCUCGCCAUCCGCUACAUCUCCCACCUGUCGGAGCUGCUGGGGCUCAACGAGGAGACGCUGGCCCAGAGGAGAGGGGGCCCACGCCGGCACUGCCCCCUCUGCCCCGAGGGGCUGGGUUGCUGCCAGGCCAGGACCCCUGGCCUCCGGGCAGCAUCUCCAGCCCCGUGGGAGGGGUCCCCCCCGGCCGCAGAGUCCUGGGUGUCGUCCACCUGCUGCCCUGCCGCGGGGACACCCCCCGAGCCGCACAGGGCACUCAGCACAGACACAGCCUCUUGGCUUUCGCCCCCUUACUGCCCUGCCCCAGGGACACCCCCCGAGCCGCACAGGGCACGAAUCCUGGAUGCGGGGCCGAUGCUGCUGCCAGCCGAGUUUGCAGACAUGGGUCUGUCCUCCCAGGAUCUCUCCGGCGAGCUCCUCUCCCUCCUGGAGGCCCUGCUUCCCCAGGACUGA